AUGGCCUGACCGAUGGGCGAGUGGAAUAUCGGUGGCGGUGUAAAUCGGCAUGCAACCUACUGCGUGAGCUUCUACAUAUUAGGACUUGCAUGGUACGUCAAAGUGCUGCGCGCUGGCAGUCUGCGCCUUGUGCGUGGCCCCGUAACGUGCCUAGAUCAGACGUAGUGCAGGCUUCAUGCUGGCAAGUCAUUCCCAUCCUUGUCGUAGGGAUUACAGUUUAUGAUAUUAGCAACUUUUGUGUGAAAUGUGACGCAUCGGAUCCCACCGCGACACGGACAAGUCGACGCAUGAAGAGUUUAUCUGGGGAACGACGGCAGCGGAAGAAAAGGGCCCACGAGGCGGAGGAAAGGGCCUUGCCAGCGCCGGUUAGGACUUCCGAAUAUGCCAUGGCGAGGUGGGCGAAUCCGAAAAUGAUACGAUGCAAAAUGGCGCAUUUGCAAUUUCUCUGCGUGGGUGAGGCGUUCGUUGUAACUUGCUGGCAUAUUAUUAUUCAUUGCUGUGCGAAGCCUAAACCCAAAACCCAGCUCGGGGCACUGAAGCCUGAAGAAGCCUUAGAAAGCCUGAGGCAUCAACACUCUUUAAAUUGCCAUUGAUCCCUCCCACACCACUUUUCUUGACCGCAAUUCGUACACAUUCACUUCUUACUGUUAGCCAUACAAACAAAACAUAUCAGUACUUACUCUCACAGCCGGUUCGCAGUAGUAGUCGUUUGCCACUACGAAUACCGGGACCAAGGUGCGUUCAGUGUCCAAUGCUGGCACUAGAAGCUCGCUUAACGCAAAUUCUGAUGACGUUAGUUAAAACAACAAACUUCAUCUCCUCGACUCUUCGCUCAACUCGGAUCUUCGCUAACCCGCCAAUUCCACUAUCCAAUGCUGUGCUAAGCCGUCUAUACAUCACUUCGUCUACUCAGAUUUAUUUUAUGAAAUCGCAGAAGCUCGCGCGAUUCCUCGUACAGCGUUCUAAGCCCAGAUAACACGCA